AUGUCGUCCGAGUUGCCAAAGAACUGCUCCGCCUGUGAGGUGGAGUGUCCCUGGAGGAAAGAAACCCGACGCCUUCUCGAGGCGACCAGCAGCGUAGAAAUGAUCAGUAGCGCAGUCAAAGGAGCAGUCUGUGAAGAGGAGCUGGUGAAGCUUCGGUCUCAGAUGAGCGAGCUACGCGACCAGUGCCAGAUACUACAGCAGAAGAUGGUGGAGGCAAAAGAGCGGAACGAUAUCCUGGAGAGGAGGGUCGGCCUCAUUGAAGGCAGCCAGCACUGGGGCAGCAACAGCGAGCAGGAUAUGCAGUCAGAGGGGAGCAUGGGAGAUGGUGCGGAGGAUGACGACGACUACUACUAA